AUGUCUGCCAAAAAAGCUGUGCUCACGGACAAGGCCCCCGCGCCGCUGCCAGUGUUCUCGCAGGCCAUUAUCCACAACGGCAUCGUGUACUGCUCCGGCCAGGUUGGCACUGAUCCAGCUACCCGUGAGCUGGUCGAAGGAAGCGUCAAGGACCGCACUGCCCAGAUAUUCCGCAAUAUCACUGCAGUGCUGGAGGCUGCAGGGUCGAGCCUGGAGAAGCUGCUUAAGGUCAAUGUCUUCCUCACCAACAUGGAUGACUUUGCUGCUGUCAACGAGGUCUACGCGCAGUACCUUAACUUUGAGCCCAAGCCGGUCCGAACAUGUGUUGCGGUCAAAACCCUUCCACGAAACACGGAUGUCGAGAUUGAAUGUUCAGCUUAUAUUUAA